UUUCCACCUGUGGAUUUUCUGCAUUCCAUGCGAUAUAGGUAAAUAUUGCGAGGGCGAGUUUUGAACAUCACGUGACAUCUAGAUACGCUCGUCUGCUUGCGCGUGUACAGAUGUAAACAAAGAGAAACGUCAACAAAACGAUAUGGUGCAAUCUGAAGAUUAAAUUACGGGAGAAUUUGAAUUUUGUAGUGAAUGACAAACUUUAUAGAGUUAAGAUGGUGGUUCUUCGUUCGGACUUUAUAAAAUGUGUUGUUUUAGGGGAUGAUUCCGUAGGGAAGACUAGUCUGCUAGUGAAUUACGCUACAAACAGAUUCCCCACGACGCACGUGCCUAGUGUUUUUGAUAACUAUGCAGGAACUUUGGAAAUGUCUGGUAAAAAAUAUCAUCUGCAACUUCUUGACACUCUAGAAGAGGACAAAGAUCAGGAGAACAGUACUCACAUUUUACCUGGAGCAGACAUUGUUGUCGUCUGCUAUUCAGUGGUUCAGCCUACGUCAUUUAGAAAUGUGGAAGAAAAAUGGGCACCCCAUCUUAAAAGCUGCUUGGGUGAUGUUCCUAUAAUUUUAGUUGGAACUCAAACAGAUCUCCGAAUGGAUUGUUCUGUGCAAUUUAAUUUGAGACAAAAUGGUCAAAAAAGUAUCAGUUCUUCGGAAGGAUUCCAAAUGGCCAGAAAAAUCGGAGCUUCUCGAUUUUUGGAGAGUUCUCCCGAACUUGAGAAGAAAAUGAAAAGGGUGUUGAACAAAGCUAUCGGAACAGUUCUUCAUCCUAGGGAUGGGUUUUCAGAUGCCUUAUCAUGUGUCAUUCUGUAGAUAAUGUUAUAAACGUUAACGGAUGUGUUACAAAACUGUGCUGAACAUGUAGGUUAUAUUCAUUUUGAACCUCACAAUAAUGGUUGUUUUGAAUGGUAUUGUUAUCUAAAUGUAUAAACUUGUAUAAUUGUAAUAGAAUCAAUGUUGAUGUAGGUGGGCUUUAUCAGUAGAGCUCAGUCUUGUUUGUUUUUUAAGUCACAGUUGUGUGUGAUUAAAUACAUUGUAUUGAUAUAGUAUUUAUUGUUAGAUGCUUUUAAAAGGCAACGAAAUGUGUUAUGUGUAUCUAUGCAUGAUGUCUGUGAUUAUUAUAAAUAAUUAUAUCUACAUCGUCUCUGAAGCUAUUUUUCAGAUAAAUGAAGUUAUGAAAUUGA